CGCCCCGGCCAAGCCCCGAGUCCUGCAAUGCAUCGAGUUGGUUUGUUGGGAUCGGAUUGAGCGAAGCAUGGCUUCUCGCCUUGCAGUAGUUUUCCUCCUCGGACUGCUAUUUGCCUCGCCAUUGUUAGCCAUCAAAUCCUUUGAUUUCUUCUACCUUGUCUUCAUGUGGCCGGGAGCAUACUGUGCACAGUCCAAGUGCUGCGUUCCAACCACCGGACUGCCUGCGGAAGAUUUCUUCCUCUGGGGACUGCAGACUUAUAAUGCCACGACUAUGAAAGCAGUCACCAAGUGCAUAAAAAAUUCACCCUUUUACAUCAACCAAGUAUUUACCCGGAUUUUAACCUGUAUUAUCUUACUGAUAUCCAAAGCGCUAUCGCCGAGGGAAUUGGAGUGACACCUGAAAUCCGAUGCAGCAAGGGGCCAUACGAUAAAUUCCAACUCUACCAGGUUUACAUUUGUGUCAACAAGGAUGGGGAAUUCAUGGAGUGCCCUGGCUCUCAAGGGUUCACGUGUUCCUCCUCUAUUCUUUUCCAUCCCUUUCACGAUUGGAUGUUGAAUAAGACUUCUGCUAUAGAUUCCAACUAUAUCAAGAUGCCCAUCUCAUGGAGUGAUCAAGAUGAUUGAGAGAGAGGUCAACUUUGAUCAUUUUUAUUUCCUUCGAAUAAGCUCUCUACUUGUCCAUCAAAUAAGACAAGUUCCUCUCUCUCCUUGGUUAGUGUUGCAAGCGAUAAUAUUAGUGGAUUGAUGGAUCAACAUGCAAGCAUGUAGCACAUAUGGUAUGUAUGGGUUUUAUGGUAAAAUAAACCAAUUUCUUGCUACUCAGCAAGGAUCAAGUAUUA